CUGAAACGCAAGAAGAAGAAGAGGAAGAACAGACAGGCAGAUCACAUAGAGCCUCUCUUUAUAAAGAGGGCACAUCGGGGGACGGACAAUAGCAGCCAACCAGAACACUGUGAAGUUUAUAAGCCUCACUUCCUCUACUUGGUACCUCUGAGGUCACCUCCCCUCCAAAGUGCUGAGAUGAUCCUGGAGGUCUGCCUGAUGCUGUGGCUAACAGGUCAUGGAGUGGAUGCGGUAUUCUCGCAGCAGCCUCAGGACUUAGUGGUAGUGGCUGGUCAACCCGUCACACUACCUUGCUCCAUCCCUGGUUACCAUGGCAUAGUGCUGUGGAUCAAAGACGGCCUCGCUCUGGGUGUCGGAAGAGACCUUUCAGGUUAUCCCCGUUACGCUGUGGUUGGGGAUCACGGAUCUGGUGAGUACCACCUGCGGAUCCAGAAGGUGGAGCUGAUGGAUGAUGCCGUGUUCGAGUGCCAGGCCAUCCAGGCUGCCAUAAGGUCCCGUCCCGCCCGACUUACAGUCCUAGUUCCACCGGAAGAUCCAGCCAUCAUCGGAGGGCCUGUGGUGAGCCUAAGAGCAGGAGACCCUCUCAAUCUGACCUGUCAUGCAGAUAACGCCAAACCCGCCGCCUCCAUCAUCUGGAUCCGAAAUGGAGAGGUUCUGAAUGGAGCCACGUACUCUAAGACUCUUCUUAGAGAUGGACGAAGAGAGAGCACCAUGAGCACCCUCUACAUUUCGGCCUCCAACAUUGAAUCUGGACAGAAGAUCAUCUGCCGUGCCUCCAACAAGGCUGUGCCCAAUGGCAAGGAGACCAGUGUCACUAUUGACAUCCAACACUUGCCUUUGGUUAACCUAUCUGCGGAGCCGCAACCAGUUUUGGAGGGAAACCUUGUGAAAUUUCAUUGCUCAGCUAAAGCUAAUCCACCAGUCAAUCAAUACAGGUGGGCUAAAGGAGGAAGUGUGAUAAAGGAAGUGUCUGGAGACACUUAUGAGGUCAUAGUGGACCACUCGUUCUUUACAGAGCCAGUUUCCUGCGAGGUCACUAACCCACUAGGGAGCACCAACAUCAGUCGCAAUGUGGAUGUCUACUUUGGACCACGGAUGGCUGCAGAGCCCCAGUCUUUACAGGUUGACCUGGGAUCAGAUGCCAUUUUCAACUGUGCCUGGACAGGAAACCCCUCUUUAACCAUUGUAUGGAUGAAAAGGGGUUCUGGAGUGGUGCUGAGCAAUGAGAACAUCCUGACAAUGAAAGCUGUCAGGCAAGAGGAUGCUGGGAAGUAUGUGUGCCGUGCAGUGGUCCCUCGGGUUGGUGUGGCAGAGAAGGAAGUCUCUCUCACUGUAAAUGGACCUCCAACCAUCUCCAGCACACAGACCCAUCAAGCUCCUCAUGGUGAAAAGGGACAGAUCAAAUGUUUCAUACGCAGCACGCCACCCCCAGACCGCAUUGCCUGGUCAUGGAAGGAGACUGUCCUGGAGUCCGGGACAUCAGGCCGUUACACAGUGGAGACAGUAAGCACAGAAGAUGGAGUGCUGUCCACCCUCACCAUGAGUAACAUUGUACCUGCAGACUUCCAGACCAUCUACAACUGCACCGCAUGGAACAGCUUCGGCUCUGAUACAGAGAUCAUCCGCCUCAAGGAACAAGAAUCUCUCCCUGUUGCUGUAAUCAUUGGAGUGGCAGUUGGUGCUUUCGUCGCUUUCAUCAUCCUCAUGGGAACCAUAGGAGCGUUCUGCUGCACGCGCUCUCAGAGAAAAGACACUCACCUGGUUAUGCCUACACUGCCUACCUCCAUCUGUGCUCAGCAGAGAGAACAUGCAAGCAAAAUUAAGACAGAAAAUCUCAAAGGUGUGGUAUCAGCCAAGAAUGACAUUCGUGUGGAAAUUGUGCACAAAGAUCACAAUGCAGCACGAGAAAACGAGGAGCACUCUGCUAUGAAACAGCUUAUGAUUGAACAUGGAGAGUUUCAACAGGAGUCUGCUUUGAAGCAGCUUGAGGUACUCCAGGAAGAGGAGACAGAGUAUCAGCACAUCAAGGAUCCCACUAAUGGAUACUACAGUGUGAACACAUUUCAGGAGCAUCAUGGAACACCAACCAUCACAAUGGCAGGAAACCAAGCCACGGAGAUUCGCCGAGAUCCUGGCACGGCCACCACCGGCAAGCAGCGGGUACCAACAGGAAUGUCUUUCACCAACAUCUACUCUACCUUGGGUGCUGGGCCCAACCGCCUGCAUGACUACAGCCAGCGGUUUGUGCUGGGCAUGGGCAGCAGUUCCAUCGAGCUGUGUGAGCGAGAAUUCCAGCGGGGAUCGAUGAGCGACUCCAGCUCUUUCCUGGACACACAAUGCGACAGCAGUGUCAGCAGUUACAGCAAGCAGGAUGGCUACAUACAGUUCGACAAGGACAGCAAGGCCUCAGCCUCCUCCUCAUCCCAUUACUCUCAAUCAUCGUCCCAGAACUCAGAUCUUACACGGCCCCUGCAGAAACGUAUGCAGACCCAUGUCUGACCAGGACUGGCUAUAGGUGGACAUAAGACAGAGCAACCCAGCUCUGGGUUUGGCCAAAGGGGUUUGAAACCCCCCCAGACAAGAAUCAGGAACCAAUUCAAGCACAUCUAGCACACCAGUUUCAUUUUAUCCUCUACUUACUUUGCUUGUAUUUCUUCCUCAUAUUUGUCAAACUCUUAUUUACAGCUUAUUUAAAGCCUUUCCAUUUUCAGAGACUUGCUUGAGCCCAUGGACUACCUUUCCCAAUGCCCUAAAUGUCUGGGCCAAAAACUUCCUCAAACAACCAUGUGCCACAGUGAUGUUUCUUGCCAAUGUAGAAAUAUACAAGGACCUGAGAACUGAACCAGUGUUCUUACUUAAGUUCCCUUGACAGCUUUGAAUGAGUGAACUUAUCAGAGGGAACACAUAGCAACGGGGCUUGUAAAAAAGCAUUAGUAUUUUAAGAGAGCUGAUGAAGGCUACUCUCCUAACCUCUGUAGUCAAUACACUCCAUUCCAUUAUUUGAAGACAAUGCUCUGUUGAUCCUGUACAGUUACGCAUAAGUUGUAUGUACGAUGUCUAAAUGCCUCUCCUUUAGCACAGCUAGCUAAACAAAAGGAUAAAAAGAAAAGUAAAAAAGGACAUGUAGGAGCUUAAUUAAUAAAUAAUGUCAGUCAGAAUCUUUGGAUUCCAGUCCAAGGUUGUUGAAAAUGUCAGAUUGAAAAUUGUUCUGAGCUGUCAGUUUUCCAUUCAGAUAUAAUAUAUAUUUGUGUACUUUAUUGUUCUUUCUUUCUUACUGAACAUUCUUUAUUUUCAAAGUUUUGUGUUUUUCAAACAUCAUGGAUUAUAAUUACUGGCUAUUGGACUUGACACUGGGAACUGAGAUGAUUAUUUAAUCUAUUCUACUUUGCCUUAAGGUGUGCCGACAUUCCAGUCAAAUAUGUGGCAAUAAGAGGAUUUUUUUUAAUAGUAAUAUUUCUGCAGGGGUUUGGUUUGGUGUGGAUGAUGCACUGAUGAUUGGAACAAUAAUGUUGCUUGGAUUUUAAAAAGAAAAUAUGCACUAUGUAUUAUGUCCUGUUAUGUGAAGUCAAAUUAUAAUGCUUAAAAUCAUCCUUCCAAUUCAUAACAUGUCAUCAUAGCUUGUUACACAGUGCUAGAUACAUUUUUCAAAUUGCUUUUUUAUUGCAUUUAAAACAAAAAAUUAGUUCACAGUAAAUUAAGUUAUAGAUGACACAAAUGUACAUUUUGCUCUGCUUUAAAACUUCUGUCUACUGUGGUUGGCAUUGGACUACAUUGAUACUCUCACUGUUAUAAGUGAGCAAAUUGUGUACAUUUUUGGAAUGGGGUGUGGGUGGUGGGCAUUAAUGCUUAUUGUAAGUGUAUGUUCUUUUCUUUUUUUGACAUUGCAACCUAUGGAACUAUUAAUAACAAGCACUUCUACACUUGUAUGAUAAAAUCGCUCAUAGUCUCCAAUCAGUGUACUGAAGAGUUAUUUAAAAUAACAAAGAUCAAGCUAGCACUGCAAAUUACAUGUGAUGUGCAGAGAGACACAAUCAGAUAUUUAAAACCAUAAUCUGCAACCAUGUGAUAUCAGACAUUUGGCAGAUUACACUGCUUGAUAAAGCACAUUUUCAUGGCAGGAGUUGAAGCUCCAAAACAGGAAACCAGUUCUAUCUUUUUGCUAACUGCACAUCCAUAUACAUAUUUUUGUCUGUAAUUAAAUGUUUUGCAUCAUUUGCAAAGUACGAAUAUGCUUGGGGUCUUCACAAAUGUUUGCAAUUCUAUGACUUUUGCCACAAAUCCAAUUAUUUUGGUCCAUCUACUUUGCGAAAUGACGCAUCAGAUUUGGAUGCAUACAAUUGAUUAGAUUAUUUGCUCUAAUUCUUGAGGCAUUCAAUGGUUUAGGUAUUUGUAUCCGGAAAUAUUCAGACAAAAAUAAACAAAUAAUAA